AUGGUUUACCAAGCAGAAUCAGCUAAAUGGAAAGCUUAUCAAUUCAGCGACCCUUUUGCUGCAGGAUCUUUUUUCGUUUGUAAUAAACUAAAUCGAUUCUUUUGUCGUCCAGACUGCGAUGCUAGACCUAGAACUAACUUGAAAUCGGAAAUUAAAUUCACGAACACCGCCAACGAAGCAGUCCAAUAUGGUUUCAUACCCUGUGAAUCAUGCGACCCAAUGCACAGCACUGCCAUUGAUGUUGGUUUACUCAUCAAGUGUGUAUCGUCAGUAAACACCAAGAUUGGAUUUAUGCCACCCUUGUUGGAUGAAAAUGAGGAUUUAAACUCGAAAAGGAUCAAGGAAAACAUAAUGGAAUCAAAGAGGGUUAACGAAGUACAGAUUUUAAAGACUAUUGGUGGCGAACACGCUCUUGGUUCAUCCAGACGUGCUUCAAUGCCUGCUGCCGGUCCAACCUUCAAUGGUGGUAAAGGAGUGAAGGAUGCUGAAUACACUUCACUUUCAAAGAAUGACUCCGAUCAUUACCGUUUAGUUGAUUUGGCAUGUCGUCAUUUGGCCCUUGCUGCUGCAGUUAAUGUGUUUCAGCCUAAACCACUUGCACCCACUCCGGAGGAAAGUAACUCCCCCGCUGCUAAUGGUUCUUCAAGCAACGGUGGCUCUAAGAAGAGGAGAAGAAGAGGUGGUGUGCUUGGAUUUAAAGAAUUGGCUGCCAAGUCCAAGUUGAGUGCAUGGCAUUUCCAUAGAGUUUUCAAAUCAGUCACUGGAUUGACACCAAAAACUUAUGGUGACAAAUGCUGGGAAUUUGUCAAGAAAGUCAAAGAAAGUGGAGAAUACACAUCAUUUGAAGCUUACAACUCUCCUCAAUCACAAUCGCCAAAAUCCACCACACCAAACUCGCCAAUGGUGAUGUCGUUGCAACAACACCAGCCAAAAGAAGCUAAACAACCAGUUAGCAAGAAGGUUAAAUUGGAACCAUCGUUGGAAUCGUCAUUAUCGCCGUCGUCGUCGCCUGCAUUGUUUACUACCCAAUCGGUUGCUGAUGAAAAGAAGUUGGCUGUACAAUCAAUAACCCCACCACAAUCCGCUUCGAUAACGGGUCAAUUUCCACACCACCUUCAUAAUCAUCAACAACAAAUGCAACCAAUUACUCCACCAAACCAAUACACUUCACCAUCAGUAAGCCAAAUAAACACAGUACAAUCAGUUAUACCCGAUGCCUUUUACUCGGGAAACCAUCAACACCAACCAUCGCUUGACGAUCAAUUACAAGCAUUGCCUAACUUGGACUUUGAUUUGUAUGAAGGAGGGGAUUUGCAACAACAGCAAUCACUACACAUGAAGGCAUUUUCAUUCCCUGACUUGUCUAAGUUCCGCACUGAGUCGUUGUUUAGCAAUAACAACAACAACAACAACAACAACAUCGGCCACCAACAUCAUUACUCAACCAAUUCAGCCAACCCAUCAUUGUUCCAAUCCAAUGAAAAUAGUGAUAGCACUACUGCUGUUGCUGCUGCAUUACAAACUGGUUCGCUAGAUUUAGGCUUUGAAGAAGAUGCUGGUGCUGUUGGUGCUGUUGACUUUAGUGACUACAUUAACAAUACUGCCACUACACAAGGUAACUACAGCAACCAAUUACAAGCACCAUUACCUUCAUCAUCUACCGCAUCAUCCACACACAUUCCAAGUCAAAGUCUAGACUCUAUAGCAUUACCAGAAGAUGGUGAAUUUGAUUUUACUGAUGCAUUUACACAAGAUGUAUUUACUCAACCUACUUCGGCUACUGAUUCUACAUUUUCCCCAUUUGAUACCACUGCUAUUAGUGCACCAGGAACUGGCUUAACUUUUAAUGAUGAAUUGGAUUUCACCAUGAAUCCACAAUUGGUUUCAAGUAUUAUAGAUUAA